AUGGAUGUGAAAUGUGCAUUCCUGAAUGAACCUCUAGACGAAGAGGUGCAUGUAACACAUCCUGUUGGGUUUGUGAAAGAUGACCAAGAAAAGAAAGCAUACAUGCUGCAUAAAAUCUUGUAUGGAUUGAAACAAGCUCCAAGAGCUUGGAACAAGAAAAUAGACGACUUUCUAAGAGAGAAAGAGUUUGAGAACUGUUCGAUAGAGCAUGUUGUGUAUGCCAGGAGAAGCAUGAGUGAGCUGAUUAUACUAUGUCUAUAUGUCGACGACCUGUUGAUAACAGGAAGUUGCAAGAAGAAGAUCGAAGACUUCAAACAUGACUUAAGUAAGGAGUUUGAAAUUUCAGACUUGGGAAAUUUCUCAUACUUUCUUGGUAUCAAGUUCUACAAGAGUGAUAGAGGCUUGAUGAUGCACCAAAGAAGAUAUAUAGGCGAAACACUCAAGAGAUUUGAGAAGCAAGAUUGCAACCUAACUUCGACUUCUGUUGAGUCCAGAUUAAUGGCUAUAAGAAACGAUCACGCUAUUAUGAAUAUUCUGGCGACGUUCAAGGGCAAGUAUGAUCUAGAGGGUGCUCAGGAAGCUGAGGAUUGGUGGAAUAACACUCACCAGAGACUAGACGUUGUUGGUGCUGAGAUCAUUUGGGUUGUGUUCAGGGUGCGAUUCCUUGAGAAGUAUUUUCCUGAAGAUGUGUGUAGCAAGAAGGAUAUUGAAUUUCUUGAGCAUAAGCAAGGAAACAUGACGGUUGCUGAGUAUGCCUCCAAGUUUGAGGAACUAGUGAAGUUCUGCGCUCAUUACAAUGGUGUGCCUGUGGAGGAAUCCAAGUGCAUUAAGUUUGAGAACGGACUACGACCUGAGAUUAAGAGUGUUAGUGAGAGAAAGAGAAAGAAUCAGUUUAUGGGAAAACCAUACACUGCUCUAGUUGACAAAGGAAAGCAACCGGCUACAAAUGAGAAAAUCCAAGUGGAGGAGGAACUUCAGCUUCUGUUAAGUGUUUCAAGUGUGUGUGGUAAGACAGGUCACUGUGUUGUGCAUUGUUCGAGUGAUGGUCCGAUUUGUUAUAACUGUGGCGAAAAGGGUCAUAUCGUUACCAAUUUUCAGAAGCCAAAGAAAGCACAUUCGGGAUGGAAAGUCUUUGAUUUGACUGGGACAAAGACUACUAGUGAUGACUGUUUGAUUCGACGUAUGUGUUUUAUAAUUAGUAUCCCUUCUAUUGCUAUUAUUGACAUGAGUGCAACACAUUCAUUUGUUUCGCUUGAUUAUGUUGAGAAGUUGGGUUUGAAAUUGUCUUUUAUGGAUGGGAACAUGAUUGUUGAUACCCCAACUCUAGGUCCGGUAAUUACUUCGUGGGUUUAUUUGAAUUGUCCGCUUACUAUCUAUGGUAAGAGUUUUGGUAUGGAUUCAGUGUGUCUACCUUUGAGGAAUCUCGAUAUUACCCUUGGAAUGAGCUGGUUGGAGUUCAAUCAUGUUCAUAUCAACUGUUUUGCCAAGACAAUGUCAUUUCUAGAGUUUGAUACUAGUGAUGAGUUGUUCAUGUCGGCUAAGCAAGUGAAUGAGUUUGUGAAGGACGAUGGUCCAGUGUUUAUGAUAUUAUCUUCUAUGAAGGAAGUAACUAAACUUGUAUUGGACCAGCUACCUAUGGUGAGUGAUUUUCCAGAAGUGUUUCCAAAUGAUAUUAGUGAUUUUCCGUCAGAGCACGAGGUUGAGUUUUUUAUAGACUUAAUACAUGGUACUAGUCCGGUGUCGAUGCCUCCUUAG